CGAACAUGUUUAAAGUAGAAGAAACGAUAAUAUAAAAUGUAGUAAAAACUUUUGAUAAGGACAAAGAAAGUACAGAGGACGUUAUUAGAACCAUUCAGAAAUGGAUAAGUGAGCAGCCGCACUUUUUGCAACCUUUAGGUAAGUUCAAACUUGACGUCCCAUUUCUCUUUGGUAAAAGUUUUAGAACGAAGAAGUAUUACGAACUUUCUAGUUCUUAAUAAAUUUAGUAUCGAGAAAACUAAACAAAAAAUUGACAAUUAUUAUACAAUCAGGACCAAGCUGGAAGAAGUUUACAAGGAAAUGAAUCCUAGAUUUUCAUCCUACGUGAAAGAAGUUAAUCAGAUAGCUUAUUACACUGCCCAUCCGCAAUUACUGGAUUACAACAGAGUAUUUUUCUUUAAGAUCCGUAACCCAAAUUUAGUCGAAAAGUUAGAUACUUACGCUCUAUUGCCAAGAAAUGAGAAUCAGAGAAGAUAUCAUGUACGGAGAUAUAUUCAUUUAUGACUGUAAACAUCUACCUGCAUCGUUCUUUUUAAAGUUAACACCGACGUUCCUGUAUAAAUGUCUGAUCAUGAUCUUUCAGCAAAUUUAUUCCUUUCGAAUAAAAACGAUCUACAUCAUUAACUUUCCUUCAUUUGGGGAAACACUAAUAACAAUUUUGAAAAUGGUCUCAAAACCUAAAAUUUUUGAAAGAAUGCAUUUCUUCUCAGAAGAUACUAUAAUCAAAGAAAGGUUUCCUGAAGAUUUUUUGCCGGUGGAGUUUGGUGGAAAGGGGAUAUCGCUUGAGACACUACAAGAAAUGAUGGUUUCUGAAUAUGAACAACAUGUUAGUUUCUUCGAGCAUCUGGAAAAAUUUAAGGUUGAUGAAAGUCGUCGACCAGCGAAAUUGGAAAAUGACGAAAUGCUGGGGUUCUAUGGAAAUUUCAAAAAACUGAAUGUGGAUUAGUCGAGAAAAUGGGUUUUUAGUUAUGUUAAUUUUGUUAUUGUUAGUGUUCAGUUUAAUUAGUGAUAAACUUCUACAACAUAUGUAUUUGUAAAUUUUCGCGGUAUUGGGGUUAACUAUGUGAUUAAAUACCAAUGUCAAAUUCACGAUUAACCAUGCAUAUAAUAAAUAUUAAAAUUACCCUGUAAAGAGUGGGCCAAAGCUCGGACAUCACCCCUUUAUGUUA